AUGUUAAUUGGAGAGCCUCCUCACCAUCCCUCCUCAUGGAAAAGCUUCUUUGGACUUGGCGGUAUGUCAAGCGAAGAUAAAACGAAACAAAAUGAGCUUUCAGGCCAAAAGAAAAAAGAACCUCACAAAGGAAAGUUAACAAUAAGAGUUGAUGAUUCGGAUCCUAAUGUAAAGAAAAUGCAUUUUGCUAAAUAUGGCUAUCCUCCUGAAUAUCUAAAAAUGCUUCUUAGCUUUUCCAAUAUACAACUAGCCGAUCCAAAAUAUCAAUAG